GUGUCCUUGCGGUGCUGGGCAGGAGACCACCGAGGCAGACGCGAUGACUGAGGCUGAUGUAAAUCCGAAGGCCUACCCCCUCGCAGACGCCCACCUCACCAAGAAACUACUGGACCUUGUUCAGCAGUCAUGUAACUACAAGCAGCUUCGGAAAGGAGCUAAUGAAGCCACCAAAACCCUCAACAGAGGCAUCUCUGAGUUCAUCGUGAUGGCUGCAGACGCUGAGCCGCUGGAGAUCAUCCUUCACCUUCCGCUGCUAUGUGAGGAUAAGAACGUGCCCUACGUGUUUGUGCGCUCUAAGCAGGCCCUGGGGCGGGCCUGUGGGGUCUCCAGGCCUGUCAUCGCCUGUUCUGUCACCAUCAAAGAAGGCUCACAGCUGAAGCAGCAGAUCCAGUCCAUUCAGCAGUCCAUUGAAAGGCUCUUAGUCUAAACCGGCAGCCUGUGCCCCACUCCUCACUGAGUCCUCCCCUUGGGGUUGUGUAUCCUAUUGUCUGUGUUAGCAUGUAGUACCUCCGGCCACGUUCUCUUGUUAUAUCACAGUACUAAAUCCGGGUUUUGCAUUUUUGUAUUAUUUUUGUUUUACGGGGUGUUAUCCGUAUAUUAAUCCUCUACCCAGCCCAGUCUCCCAUUCUCUGCCAUCUUAUCCUCCCUUUUGAAAACUGAACUAAUGCGAAGAACAGGCGGAGACAGAGUGGUGAUUCCAUUCAAAGGCAGGGAAGAGCCAGGAUAGAGAUCUCGUUCCAGCUUUCAGGCGCUGACUUCCCCUUGUGUGCAGGACCUGAUGGGUGUAAACACCAUUCACUUUGUAUCCCUCGUGCCUGGUGUACAAAAUCAUUCCAUAAGCGUUUGCUCUCUAUGGAGAUUGUGUAGCAUUUGGGGAGAAAGCAUGUAUCCUGUGAGGUUAUUAGGUGUAUGUCCAAGUGUCGUGUGCUAAUCUGCCCCUGCCGUUUGCUUCGGUAAUGUGGUAUUGUUCCCCCUCUCCCCCAACUCCUAACCAUGCCCCUGAGGGCAGCAGGGCAGCAGCAUAGCAAAGAUGUGCUGCAGAAUUCCAGAAGCUGCCUGAGCAAGUUAGACAUGGGGCAGUUGACCUAGGUCUUGAAGGAGUCCAGAGUGGCAAGAGAAAAGAGAAUCAACUGAUGCUGAAAUGAAGAAGUCUCGUGAGUCCCGGAGGCCUGACUGGAAGCUACAGCAGAGAUGCUGGAGUCCAGGAAACAUCCUCUCUGGUGAAUGCAAAGGUCUUCAGUGGACAGUUGGUACCAGCUCUGAAAGCCAUGACCCCUGUUCCCUGCCACAGUGUGGGGCAGGUGUGUGUAUUCUUCAUCACAUCAGA